GUCUCUGCGCAAGUCAAAGGCUGAACAAGCCGUUCAUUCAAUCCUCACGCAGUACUUGUCUCGUUGCUGCACCCUGUGUAGUAUCCGUGAUACCUGCAGUUGAUCCUGCGGGCAAUGAAGACGCCUUGCACGCCUUCCCGGACUCUCCUUCGUUUUCUGCGAUCACAGGCCGACUCAGUCUUCACAACCUCCGUCUCAGCGACAAGGCCUCCGCAAUGCCGGUACAUAACGACAUCCUCUGUCCACUUCUCUCGAGUACAGCCAUCCACUCUUGACGAACUCCGCCGUCGCCACAAAGAGCCAUGCAAGGCUCUGCCCGCUCCGAAAUGCGCUCCUCCUAAUCCUCCCCAUACGCGAAACGCCAGCUCUGGUAGUCAAAACCCAGGCUUCUGGUUGCGUUGGCUGAGAAGAAGACAAGCAGCAGCACGCUCCAAAAUCCCUCCAGACCCUCCUGGCGCAGGUGCUGGCCACGAUGAGACAUCUGCUCAGCUUUUCAAUCUUUCCCGUGCCCUAUCUAGGAACCCGGUUGGUGCGGACCUGAAACUACGUUGCACCGAAUUUGAUGCGAAUGGGUCUGUUACGCUUGUGUCUGGCGAGUUCAAAAAGUCGGAGUUGAUCGCCAAAUAUGGUCUACUGCCGCGCGACCUUCGAAAGAUCGAUUCGUCGGUCCUUCCUCAUAUCCUCAUUCGGCCUUCUGCAAUCCUGUUAAACCUUCUACAUCUCCGAGUGCUGAUCCAGUCUGAUCGCGUACUUGUGUUCGAUGCCUACGGAAGCACGGACUCUUACACCCAGUCAUUGUUUAUGUACGACCUGGAGGGAAAGCUAAGACAGAAAGCCGAUCCAAGAAAUGGCUCUACAUAUCUCCCGUAUGAGUUCAGGGCGCUCGAAGCGGUCCUGAUAUCCGUCACGUCCGGUCUCGAGGCCGAGUUCGCCUUGGUUCGAGAGCCAGUAACACACAUUCUCAGUGAGCUAGAGGAGGAUAUUGAUCGAGACAAAUUACGACAUCUACUCAUACACUCCAAAAAGCUUGGUACUUUUGAGCAAAAGGCACGACUUGUCAGGGAUGCCAUCGAUGACCUUCUCGAAGCAGACGACGACCUGGCUGCCAUGUAUUUGACUGAGCGGAAGGCAAUAGGAAAGCCUCGACCCGAAAACGACCAUCAAGAAGUCGAGAUGCUUCUGGAGUCGUAUCACAAGAUAUGCGAUGAAAUAGUGGAAAUCUCCGGCAACUUGAUCAACAACAUCAGAAACACCGAGGAAGUUGUCAAGGCCAUUCUCGACGCAAAUCGCAAUCAGCUCAUGUUGCUGGAACUCAAAUUCAGCGUCGGAACAUUGGGUUUGGCUGGCGGCACCCUCGUAGCUGGUCUAUACGGCAUGAAUCUCAACAACUUCAUCGAUGAAACAAAUUGGGGAUUCACCGGUGUCACGGCCGCUUGCUUCGUCCUGUCUGGCGUCAUAUGCAUGUACGGCAUGCGCAAAUUGCGCAAGGUACAGAAAGUCCGCAUGUGGGGUGAGGGCGUUGACAGUCUGGCACAGCGGGCUCGAGUCGCUAGCAGAGGCAACUGGCGCAGUGAAGCUGUUGAGAGCCAAGCACAACGGAUCGGCCGAUUGAAAGGAGGAGGAGUCAACCUCUCCGGCAAACAGUCUGGACCCGUGCUUUGGCCCGGUAUGGAAGGACUGGGUGUGCACAGGUUGAACGGCGAUCGACCAAUUGACUCCAACAGCGACGCUGAUGCCGCCGGAGACAGCCGCCGGAUGACGAUUGACGACGACGUCGAGAACGUUGAAACGCGAAUGAAAGCCGACGCGCAGAAACCGAAGGCUUUGGUCAAGAAAGACCACCAUCAUCAUCAUCAUUCGCACAAGAAAGGCUGAGAGUCCGCCUGCUGGCCACUUUUCGAACUUCACUCUUGAUGAACCACGUUAUGUCAUCCAUCUCUUCUCCUUGUACAGCGUUCGAGCGGGCAAUUGCAUUGAUGCCAUGAUUGUGGUUUCGGGGCGUUUUACAGAAAUGGAUGUAUUACAUGUUUACAUCCAGACCCUAAAGACAACCUGGUCUGUUUUUACUAGAAGUCUGCCAGAAUAUUGGCAUAUCCGAUAGACGCCGAAUCUCACGAGCAAUGUACUUGCUUAACUGCAUGCACGCUA